GGAGAGUUGACAUGGUACAAAUCCAUAUUUUUUAUUGGAUGAUUAUUUUUUUUCCAACAUGGCAUAUCACUGCCCUUAAAAUUUUCCUUUUCUAGAGUAAAAUUUCCUUUUAUAACUAUUCAAUUUUUAUAUGGUAAAAAUUAUGACUUUUUUUUUUGCUAAAGUUCUGCAAUCGAACCCGAAACAUGUUUCAACUAAAAAUCUGGAAAUACCACUACACCACAGAUAAUCUUUUAAAUAUUAUGACUUUACAUUCAAUUUAUUUAAAUAUAACAAAUAACUAUUUAACAGUCCAAUUUAAAAAUUCAAUUUGGAUUUUUUUUCCCCUACCCCCGGAUCAGAUAUAUCACAAGUUACGUAUAUAAAAUGGCAGAGAAAUAACAAUUACACGCUCUUGGCAGCGUGACUAAGGUAGCCUUUUUCGUUAAAGAAAAGAAUACUAACGUAGACUUUGUCCAAAAUUUCACAACAUAACUCCGUACCACCAAGUCAACAAAACCAUGGUCCAUUUAUUUCUUCAACACGCUAUUUUUCCUUUCUCAAAAUUGACCUUAAACAAUCUACCUACCUACACAUAAAACCAUUUCAUGCUCCAAACCCAAACCCAUCAUCACUACUUCAAAACCAAAACUGAAACACAAAAACAGAGAAUAUGAGAAAGAGAGGAGAAAACAAGAACAGAUUCUUUAGAAUCAUUACCAUGCCUCUAAAAGUUUUAGGCAAGGCUCGUGACCUCUACAUGCGAAGCAUCACAGGCUGCGCAGCUCGCACUCACUACUCCUCAGCUGAUGCCGUCUCCGUUCCCUUUCCGAGAAGCCGGAGCACCUCCUCAGCCUUCUCCUCCACCACCUCUUCGCGGAGGAUGUCUUCCGAUUUCACCUUCGACGAUGACUACAGCGAGCUGGUCAGAGCUGCUUCCGUUAGGAGUUUAGGUCAUAAGAACGAGAUUGACAUGAUCAGACAUCAGCAGCUUCAGCAGCGACAAGAAAAUCGCGUUGCGGUGGGAGCGGUUGCUGGUGUAAAAGGAGGUUUGCCAAAGAGCUCGAGUGUAGGGAUGCCAAUGGCGAGGAUUGAUGAAGAAAAUGAAGAAGAGGGAUCACUGAAGAAUCAUAAGAAAGGAUCUGAUUUCUUAUACCCUCGUAGCAGAUCACACGCGGUUACUAUUAGAGGAUCCAAGUUUUAAAUUACUAAUUAUAUAAGUCUCAUUUUUAUUUUUAAAGAAGUAUGAUUUCUCGAAAAUUUACGUUGGGGGGAUUAAGGAGAAGACAGAAAAUGAUUGCGAGAUAUAGUAGUUACUAGUGUUAUAGAUUUGUACUAAAAGAAGCUAUUGUUAAAUAUUUUUAUACAAUAAAUCGUAUUUAAUAUAACGACAGAAUCUAAG